CACUUCUGGCAUCAACUAGCUGGACCUCUGUUGAAUUAGAAAACCCGGCCUUGCUGCAAACAUAUGAGCCCACUUAUGACUCUGGAUAGUGUCUGCCUAGUUGUUGUGAAGACGGAAGUGGUAGGAGGACUUCCUCUCUGGCCAGUUACCCAGUCCUUUUUGGUAACAGUAAAAGGAAUACACCGCCGCCUGUCAAGACACCAUCAUGACAUCUGCGUACAGAAACAGAAUACAGGAAUUCAAAGAAACCUUGAGUGAAGAAAACAUUAACCAGAAGACACUGAGGGAGCUGUGCUUUAAUGGAAUUCCAUUUGAAGGAGGCAUACGAGCACUUUGCUGGAAAAUCCUUCUUAAUUAUCUACCUUUCGAUCAGACAUUAUGGGAGUCUUUCCUCAAAAAGCAGAGGGAGGUAUACUCUCAGUUCCUAAAAGAAAUGAUCAUCCAGCCUGGUAUUGCAAAAGCCAACCUGGGCUUUUCCAGAGAAGAUGUGACCAUGGAGGACCAUCCUCUAAAUCCAAAUCCAGACAGCAGGUGGAAUACCUACUUCAAAGAUAAUGAGAUUCUGCUACAAAUUGAUAAGGAUGUGAGGCGGCUGUACCCAGACAUGGCCUUCUUCCAGCGUCCUACAGAAUACCCUUGCCAACUCAUUUUGGACCCUCAGAAUGAUUAUGAGACGCUGCGACGACGAGUCGAACAAACCACACUGAAAGCACAAACUGUAAACCGCAACCGCAGUGGAGUCACCAAUGUCAGCUCACCUGGAAAGUCUUUGAAUCUGUAUCCAUCUAACGAGUACGAGGUGCUGCCCAAUGGGAGCGAAGCACACUGGGAGGUAGUGGAGCGUAUCCUCUUCAUCUAUGCCAAACUCAACCCCGGGAUUGCCUACGUACAGGGCAUGAAUGAGAUUGUUGGGCCAAUCUACUACACCUUUGCUACGGACCCCAACAGCCAAUGGAAAGAGCAUGCUGAAGCAGAUACAUUCUUCUGUUUCACCAACCUGAUGUCGGAGAAUAGAGACAACUUCAUCAAGAGCCUUGAUGACUCUCAGUGUGGCAUCACCUACAAGAUGGAGAGUGUGUACUCCAUGCUGAAAGAGAGAGACCUGGAGCUCUAUCUCAAGCUGGAAGAGCAGAACAUCAAACCACAGUAUUUCACAUUCCGCUGGCUGACCUUGUUGCUAUCUCAGGAGUUCCUCUUGCCUGAUGUCAUCCGUAUCUGGGACACCCUGUUUUCUGACCAGGACAGAUUCCAUUUCCUCAUCCUGGUCUGCUGCGCCAUGCUCAUACUUAUCCGAGAUAAAUUAUUGGCCGGAGACUUCACAGUCAAUAUGAGAUUACUGCAGGAUUACCCCAUCUCAGAUGUCCACACCAUCCUGACCAAGGCCAAAGAUCUGCGGGACAACUCCUAACCUGUUCUAUCUAUUCCUCCUGCCUUUUGUGCUUGGAUGUGGUAGGUGAGAGUUUAAACAUUACAAAACAUUGUUGUGUGACACAUGUAUCUUGGGAGGACUUGAUCAAUGAAGAGCUUGGACAGAUAUGCUGGAACACCCAGCACACUGCUUUUUAACUGGAUGUCUGACGAUUGUUCAAUGGGGACUGCCAUGAAACCUUUGAAGACGUGCUGAGACUAUUCCCUUCUUGGAAAAAGGCUGCCUUGUUACGUAGCAGUCCCCCUUUCAUAGCCAUCUCUCCCGUGGAGACUUGUUGACGACAGUGACUGCACUGAACGUGUGCCACAUUAGUCCUACACUACAGAUCUUAGUCUGUCAGGAGUACGUACCAGAAAGGUUUAACAGAGGCAAGAAUUACCUCUGUACCCACCUAUGUAGUCAGAUCAAGCAAAAGUCUCAUUGGGUUGAGCUUUAGUGCAUGUUUGUUAUGUUUGUUUUUUAAUUUUUAAAAGUUGAAGGUUUUUAAUGUGAGAAACAUAUUCCUUAUCUGUUUAAUCAUGUGGAACAGGAGAAAGUAUUUUUUGGUACAUUUUCUGUGUGGAUAAAAUAAAUCUGAAGUAAUGGCCCAUUAAAUAUGUUAUUGUCAAUCAUCUGAAAAAUCAUUCUUUCUUUAGCAUUGUUUCCCUACGACGCCUCUGUCCCGUUGGUAAAUUUAAUGUGAUGAAUACCUCUGUAGCGUUGUAUUACUUUGACCCAACUUAAGACUAUUGAAAGAGGAAAUUAUACUGCUUUUCACACUGAACAUAAUUUGCUCUUUAGUAGCUUCACUACAAUACUUUGUACAAUUGUCAAUGGCGAGUCAUUGGUUGUGAUUCACCAUUUACUGUUUUCUAUAAUGCAUUGCAUAGCAAGUUAACUCCAAGUUGGGAGGCUGCUGCCACAUUGAACUGGACAGCAGGUUGUUGAUUAAAUGCCUCAAAAGAACCCACCAGAUCCUUUGGUUGCAUCAAUGCAGCUCACAUCAGGAAAUCAGUGAUGGAUGACUGGAAAUACCUGUAUCUGUAAUAAUAUUUGCUUGUGUAUUGGACUAACUCAUGGAAAGUUGGCUCAAUAAACAGUGGAGUGAAGCAGCGGGUGUGUCCUGGGACUAGAAAAUGUUCUAGUAUGCUUGACUCAGCAAACUGCAUGUUGAGGAAAAAUGUGCCAGCAGCAUUUGAUGGCACAAAGAAUAAAAGGGCGUAAGCCAUGUUAAGUGUUAAAAGCCUCUUGACUUGAUGAUUAGCAUGACACUCUUAACUCUUUCCCUUUUUAAUCUAAUAGCUUCUGUAGCUAAAGAUGUACAGCGGAGGGACAGCAGGCUGAAGUAGCAUGACUGAACAACAUUGCAGUUGCAGCAGCUUCACACCAGAAACUAACCUGCAGUUAAUAAUAAAAGGUUAACUUUGAGUUAAUAGCUAAGCUCCCCCAGGGUUCUUGGUGCUGGUUGACCUUUGGUUCUCCAUAAUACUGUUCAGUGUGAACACCAGCACAGCUCUUUGAGGAUCAGAUUGUGUAUUGUGCACGAUCUAUGUGGCAGGCUGGUCAUGUCUGGAUUAUAAUUUAAAUAUAAAUGUGUAUCUGUGACAUGUGUAUCUGUGACAUAUAAUAUUCAUUGGCGGGAAACGGACCAGAAGUUAUCUCAGCAGCUGUUUGAAAGCUCAAAUAUGUCGACGAUACUUAAGCAUGAUUGAAUUAUUUCAUGCUCAUAUGAAAGAACUCUAUGCAGAUUGAUGAUGAAAUACUUCCCCUCGUUAAUAUGAACAAGCACGAAACUCAUCUUGUUUAAAGUGCAGGAUUUUCUAAUAUGAGCCUUCAUAUACACGCCCCAAAUGGAAACAGACAGCAUACUUCCUGAAGUAUUUCUGUAAUGUAUCAUUUUGAAUCAUCUUUACAGGCACUCCUUACAAAUUGGAUGGGGCAUUACAACUCUUUGUUCUGUUUUUUUCUGCUGACGAAGAUCUUAGUUAACCUUUCUAAUGAAAACACACUAUUGAAAUAUACUCUUUAAUAUUGUUAGGAUUUGUGUGUGUGUAAGCUCCGUUUACUUUUAACACACAGUAUAGAACCAUACACUGCUUUUCAAUUUUGUAAUAAGCUGCUUAAAGGAGGAUAUUCUUCCAAAUUGUGUCAAGCUUUUGGAUUAGAGGCUUGGAGAUCCACAGUGACUCCAAGGCUAAAAUACUAAUAAAUCUAUAACUCUGUUUGAAAAGGAUGACCUUUCUGAUCUCGACUCCCUCUUGAAGGUUCCUUAGGUCUGAGCCACAGUGAGACAGGCAUAAUGUCUGUAAGAGAUGAAGGCAGGUUUGAAUGUGUUUAUAAAAUAAGUUACCACCACAAAGAAGACAUGUUCCUGCACCGUGCAGCGUUACCUCUUAAUGAACAUAGAUAUUUAUAUCCAGAAUAUUUGGUUCAGUUUGAUAGAACAGGCAGUCUAAGACCAAAUCAGGAAAAAAAUAAUAAUUUGAAAGUAUAUUUUAUCAUGUGCAAAAGUGUUGGGUGAAUAUUUUUGAGGGACUGUUACUUAUUGAUGGCAUCCACAUGCUCCUCUUUUUAAUGCAUAUUUAUUUCUGUGUGUGUGGAUAUGUGUGUGUGUGUAGGGGGAGUGAUGAUCAAUAUACUCUUUGUCUUAUGUCAGUUAUUUGCAUGGUUCCUAUUUUGUAAGCCCAUUUUUGUAACGUCUCCUGUGAUAAGAUAUAUGUAUGCUUUUACAUAUUUGCAGAUGUGCAUUAAAAAAAAAAUGAUGGUAUAAAUAAAAUCAUGUUAAACUGU